AUGUAUCGUGGUGGUAUGGUUGGCCUUGCUACUCCAUGUCUUGUGCAUGGUUGUACGAUUCGAAAUGAAUCCAACGAUAGUGUCUAUGUACGAAUAUUAUAUCAACCAAUAGCAGGUCAAAGGGACGAAAUAUUUGAAAGACGUUGUGAAUUUCAACUAGCAAAAGGUGCUCAAACACAUGUUGACGAUGAAACAUUUGACAAAGGUUCAUUUCAAAUUCGUGAAACAAUUCAAACGAUUGAGGUUACUCGAGCAAAUGGAAGAAGCCAAGAGAUCAGUGCACCUUUUGAAAAUGUCAACAGCAUUGAACUCGAUUGGCUUUUUGUCAUUGAUAAUACAAGCAUUCGAUCGGUUAGACGAAACAGUUGA